CGCGCCCAAGAUGGCGGCGCAGUCGUCGUCGGGGGUGGCGGCGGCAGAGGGGGCGGCGGCCCUGGCGGCAGCAGCGACGACAGCCGUGACGGCUGCGGUGGCGGCGCGGGACCUGGGCCGGGGGGAAUGAGGCGGCCGCGGCGGGCCAGCGGCGGAGCCGUAUAGCAGAGAAGCAAGCGGCUUCCUCUCCCUGCUUCCCUGGGCCGAGGCGGGGGCGCGCGCGCGCGCGGCCGUCAGGAGCGGGCUCCCCACCCCUCGACUCCCGCGACCCGCACCGCACCCCCACCCGGGCCCGGAGGAUGAUGAAGCUCAAGUCGAACCAGACCCGCACCUAUGACGGCGACGGCUACAAGAAGCGGGCCGCGUGCCUGUGUUUCCGCAGCGAGAGCGAGGAGGAGGUGCUGCUGGUGAGCAGUAGUCGUCAUCCAGACCGAUGGAUUGUCCCUGGAGGUGGCAUGGAACCUGAGGAGGAGCCAGGUGUAGCAGCAGUCCGUGAAGUUUGCGAGGAGGCUGGAGUAAAAGGGACAUUGGGAAGAUUAGUUGGAAUUUUUGAGAACCAGGAGAGGAAGCACAGGACGUACGUCUAUGUGCUGGUUGUCACAGAAGUGCUGGAGGAUUGGGAAGACUCAGUUAGCAUUGGAAGGAAGAGGGAAUGGUUUAAAAUAGAAGAUGCCAUAAAAGUGCUGCAGUAUCACAAACCUGUGCAGGCAUCAUACUUCGAGACGUUGAGGCAAGGCUACUCCACCAACAACGGCACCCCGGUCGUGGCCACCACCUACUCGGUUUCUCCUCAGAGCUCGAUGUCAGGCAUCAGAUGACUGAAGACUUCCUGUAAGAGAGGAAAGUGGAAACCAGACUGAAGUGCAGACCCUCCCUCUCACCCCGCUCUUCUCACCUCCCUCACAGGCCUCCUCUUUCAAAUAAGGCAUGAUAGGCAGCAGAGAAAGGGGUACUGAUGAUGUUGCUGUUUGGUGUUCAGUGAUGGGGCUUUUUCUUCUGUUUUCAUUGAGGGGUGGGAGCUGGGUGUGUAACUGUAAGUACCUUUGUGCAUGACCUGUCCCUCCCUUCACACCCUGCACCCUCUCAAGAGGGGCAAACAGCUUUCUCCACCUGGGGUUCUGAAGUGUUCUGUUCGUCUCAUCCUAGCCCUGGCCAGGCAUUUUCUUUGAUUUUUAAUUUUUUUAUUAAAAUAUACCAAUGUGA